AUAAUUAAGGUAAAAAAAAUUCACACACACACAGUAGGGAAGAGAGCAAUAGCUUCCCAGGUUGGCAACACUCACAGCGUGAACCAAAACAAACAGAUAUAAACAUUAAACACUGUUGCAGUGCGAAGUGGGAAAUAGUUUGAGGAGUGUAAAUAUUGCAGUACAACAAAAAGUGUAGAACGGCAAAUACUGCAAAGUGCAAAGGUGAAACGAAGUCUUUAGAUGCCAACCGCUGCUAGCAAGAAGGAAAGGAGCAAAAUAUACAACAUAAAUUGUGAGGCUCCAUUGUACUGGAAGUGUGAAGAUGGAAGAUGUAUACAGACCAGAUUCAAAUGUGAUGGGAACAAUGAUUGUGGAGACUGGUCAGAUGAAAAGGAUUGUAAUGCAUCCAAGGUAUCCGAUGUGCAAAAGGUCUGCAGUGAUGAGGAUUUUGCAUGUGGUGAUGGCACCUGCAUUCCAGAUAGCUGGGUGUGUGAUGGCCUCAAGGACUGCCAGAACGGCAAUGAUGAAGUUUUGGGCUGUUCUAGAAAGUUGGAUUGUGGCAAAGACUUCCUAUGCUCCAACCACCACUGCAUUCCCAAGGCCUGGGAGUGUGAUGGCAACAAUGACUGUGGGGAUAACAGUGAUGAAGUAAACUGUAAGCCAAAAUAUGUUACUGAGGGCUGCAUGUUGAACAAGAACUUAUUCGGGUGCCAUGACCAGUUGAAAUGUGUCGAAAUUUCCGAAGCCUGUGACGGAACCCCGCACUGCUUGGAUGGUUCGGAUGAAAGCCCCAUGUGCCAGAAAAGCAAAGCUCUGUGCCCCAACCAGGGCUGCAGCUUCAGAUGCCAACCAACACCCAGUGGACCUGUCUGCAUUUGCCCGAUGGGCUUCAACCUGGUUAAUGAAAAGUACUGCACAGACAUUGAUGAGUGCAAGAUGUACGGCAUAUGCUCCCAGAAGUGCAGGAACACACAUGGCAGCUAUGAGUGUUUCUGUGACCAGGGCUACACUUUGCAAAGUGAUAACCACACCUGCACUGUCAAUGAAGGAGAAGCUGUCUUGCUGUUCUCUACGAAAACUGAAGUUCGGGUGUAUUUCAUGCGGAACGAGGUGUACAAGUUGGUGGCAGGUGGGCUGCAGCAUGUGGCAGGAGUGGCUUACGACGGGCUGAACGUCUACUGGACGAGCGUCCGCAAUGGAGAGGAGGCCAUCGUCCAGAGCAACCAUGACGGUUCCAUUACUGAUGUGCUGGUGUCUUCAGGUUUGAGUCUACCGGAAGACCUGGCAUUGGACCUCAUAACAGGCAACAUAUACUUCACCGAUGGUGAGGAGAGCUACAUUGGAGUCUGCACAAAAACUGGGACAGAAUGCACUGUGCUGGUGAAUGAGGAUAUCCGUAAGCCCAGGGGAAUAGCUCUCCUGACUCGGGAUGGGUCAAUGUUCUGGUCUGACUGGGGCAAGAAUCCAAAGAUUGCGACAGCUGGUAUGGAUGGAUCCUCACCACGGGCCUUCGUGCUCGGUGUGCACUGGCCCAAUGGAAUAACUAUAGACAUUGGCAACGAGCGCUUGUACUGGGUGGAUGCCAAACUGAAGUCAAUAGAAUCUGUCAACUUGGAUGGCAGUGAUCGCAGGGUAAUUCUGGAAACCGCUGUGAAGCACCCAUUCUCGAUUGCAGUCUUUGAGAACACCCUAUAUUGGUCGGACUGGGAAGACCGGCAGAUUGCCUCAUGUCACAAGUUUACGGGGAAGAACUACAGAGUCAUCUUACGCUCACUCAAAAGCCACAUUUAUGGAAUAAAGGUCUACCACCCUGCCCUCCAUCCAUUGAUGGAGAAUCCCUGCAAAGAUGCCAGCUGCAGUGAUAUUUGUAUGCUGGCCCCUAACAACUCUUACACAUGUGCCUGCCCUGUGGAAAAGGAACUUGGUUUUGAUCAGCAUUCAUGCAGAGUUGUUCUGAAGAAGGAAGUAGUGGUGGCAGUGGCUGGGAACCGCAUAAUCAAGGUGGAGCAUUGGCUGCUGGGCCGGCACACUCAGUCAGUUGUGCCGGCCAAGAGCAUCCACCAUGUCAGUGCAGUCGUCUACAGCUCCGUGGAUGAUGUGCUAAUAAUGAGCGAGAGUGAAGAGAAGAAAUUGUUCUCAAUGGCGAUGUCUACUAAUUUAAUUAGACCACUUCUCGAGAAAGGAAUUGGGAGGAUUACGAGCUUGUCAUAUGAUUCGUAUGGUAACAAUGUGUACUGGAGCGAUGCUGAGCUCGCAACAGUGAGUGCGAUGAGCAUGAACACGAAGACUGUGGCUGUGUUGUUAAGAAGCACGGGGGCUGAACCGCCACUGAGUGUAGCCGUCGUCCCAGAUCAGGGAUACAUGUUUGUGGCUUUCGGUUCGUCUUCACAUGUGCAUGUGGACAAGAUCCUGAUGGACGGUUCUGGACAGCGUGUCCAUGUGCUGGAGGAAGUGUCAGGGCCCUAUGUGACACUCUGGUACGACAGCAGCCUGGACAGAGUCUUUGUGGCAGAUUCAGGGAUGAACACCAUAGGAAGUCUUGCCUCUGAUGGUAUUGACCACCACAUCUUCAAGAGGCUGUCGGGGUCUCCGACGUCAGUAACUGCUCUGGGGCAGGAUCUGUUCUGGACCAUCCACGGCCAGCGCAGCUUGUACUGGGCCAACAAAUUCGAUGGUGCUUCCAAAGUGAAGAAGAUUGACCUUAUGGCAGCGGAGGACACUUACCGUGUAGUGCUGACGGCUGUGAGGGGAGUGGCGUUGCUGCCGUACCACCCGUGCCAUCAGGGGAAUGGUGGCUGCAGCCACCUGUGCCUCGUGAGGGGGCAGAAGCAGGUGUGUGGCUGUCCCGAGGGCAUGUUGCUGCAGGAUAACGUAACGUGCCUCGUGCCAGCAGGGUGCAGGGCAGACGAGUUCCACUGCGAACAUGACAAGUGGUGCAUACCUGCCUCUCACAGAUGCAAUGGUGUAAAUGACUGCCCGAGUGGAGAGGAUGAGAAAAACUGCAAAGUGUGCUGGGAGCACGAGUUUGCCUGCAGUAACGGGCAAUGUGUGCCUCUGGAGGGGAAAUGUGAUGGCAUUGUGCAGUGCUCCGAUGGGUCAGACGAACGGGAUUGUGAAGUUGGGAUAUGUGACACAGAGACAGAGUUUGAGUGUAGAAAUGGAAGGUGUGUAGCUCAGAGCUUACGGUGUGACCUCACAGAGGACUGUAAUGAUGGCUCUGAUGAAGAAAACUGUGACAAAGUUAUAUGUGGAGAAUCGGAGUUCAGGUGCCAUUCCGGAGCUUGCAUACCGGACACCUGGGAAUGUGAUGGGGAAGUGAAUUGUCCAGAUUCGACAGAUGAACAUGAGAAUUGCACGACAGCUACCUGUGAUCCCGAGGAGUUCUCCUGCAGAAAUGGACACUGCUUGGACAAGCAGCUGGUGUGUAACCUGGUAGACGACUGUGGCGACGACUCAGACGAGAGUGAUUGCCGGCGGUCGGGUGCAAGAAUUGAAAGUGUCACGUGCAGUGAGGAAGAGUUCAGUUGCUGGUCUCGGCAGGGGCUGUGUGUUCCUCUGGGGCAGAGAUGUGAUGGCAAUGUGGACUGCCCGAAGGCAGAAGAUGAACGGGACUGUGUGUGUGCUGCAGACGAGUUCGAGUGUAAGAAUGGAAAGUGCAUCUCGAUCAGCUGGCUGUGUGACCAGAGGGAUGACUGUGGGGAUGCCACAGAUGAGGAUCCCAGUAGGUGCAUCAGUCUGAAUACAGGGGAAGAAGAAAAAGCUGUGUGCAAAGGAUUUGAAUGUGACGCUGGCAAAUGUGUAGAGUUAGAACAGCUUUGUGAUGGCAACAGAGACUGUGAAGAUGGCAGUGACGAAGGCGGCAAAUGUGGCAAGGCUUGUGUGGGGCACCCGUGCGAUGGGGAGUGUCGGGCGACCCCGGCAGGCCCACACUGUUACUGCACGGCUGGCUACGAGCUCGGGCAGGACGGAAAGAGCUGCCACGACGUGGACGAGUGCCGAGUUCGGCCCCCAGUCUGCUCACAGGUCUGCAACAACAGCCCGGGUAGCUUCUCCUGUAGCUGUGUUGCUGGCUUCAUGCUCCGCCUGGAUAAGGUGUCCUGCAAGGCAACAGGGCCCAUCAUGGAGUAUGUGUUGGUGACGGGAGGGGGCCAGAUUAGGAAGGUGUCGCAGUCUCUGGCCAGCGUGGAUGUGUUGCACAAGCACCAGUUCCUGAGGGUCACAGGUCUGGAUGUCGAUGCCAGGGAGUACGCCAUCUGCUGGAGCACUCGGGAAACGGCAACAAUUUACUGCCAGUCACUGAAGACCCACAACAGGACGUACGUGGAAGGGGUAGGUAACCCAACAGAGGUGGCAAUAGACUGGAUCACAAAGAACAUCUACUAUGUGAAUGAUGUGCCUGUUGGGCAAAGUGACAUACAGGUGUGCCACCUGACUGAGAAGCUCUGUGCUGUUGUGGUGACGGCCGAACGUGGCAGUAAGAUUGGCAACAUUGCAGUAGAUCCACUUGCUGGAUAUCUGUUUUGGACAGAAAUGAGCACUUUGAUAAAAAAUGGAGUGGCUGGCAGCAUUAGGAGGGCAGACCUUGCCGGAGGCAGCAGGACAGUUCUGGUGCAGUCGGGCCUUGGUUUGCUGAGUGGCCUGGCUCUGGACACGGUGCGGCGCACCAUCUACUGGACGGACACCUCCUUCCAGGUUGUAGAGUCAGCGACAUAUGACGGCAAAGAGAGGACAGCAGAGUUCACAUCGGAGGUAAAGAGACCCAAAAGGCUGGUGCUGUUUGAGGAUGAGCUCUACUGGCUGCCAGAGCAUUCGGGCUUUGUGAUGAAAUGCAAGCUGUUCGCAAAGGUAAAGAGGUGUCGGAGCAUCCACAUAAAUGUCUAUGAUGGAGACUACCUGACCGUCUUGCAGCAGUCACGGCAGAGAGCUGGCACGAACCCCUGCAAGCAUCACCACUGCUCCCAUAUGUGUGCAAUCACUCCUCAAGGUGCCAAGUGCCUGUGUGCAGACGGGCAGAUUGUAGGUGAAAACAUCCGCUGCAAGAAUGAGGGUGCAAAGGCCUCGGAACCACGAUUUGUCCUCCCAGGAAUUGUGGGUGGUUUGAAAACCACUACGGUUGCUGACUGGCUGAGUGAAAAGUCUGAUACCUCUGUGCUGAUAGCACUUGUGAUUGUGCUGUUGGUGGUGUGCCUGGCGGCUGUUGUGUGCUACAUAUACAAGAGGCAGCUGGUCACAUUCAGGGACUUGGAUUCAAGGAUUUGCUUCAAGAAAUCUGAAUUUACUGGUAGUAGGCAGCCUACAUCUGCUUCAAAAAGUGCCAGAGCUUCUUAUUCCGCUGAACAAGAGUUUGUGAACCUACUAGAGGGUGAUUUCAUCUCAGAUCGUACAGAUCAAGAGUGAAUGUGUCAAGUCACUAUUUCAAACUUUGCUUAAAAAAUAUAUGUGUAAGUUCCACAUGGUACCUCUCCAAAACUACAAUGUUUUGAUUUUCUGAUAUUUUACAAACCUCUCUAAAUGAGAGUAUUUAUGAAAAUGUUGUAACCAUAGGGAAAAUUGAAAAAAAGAAACCAAAAGUGAUGGAGAUCAAAAUUUAUUUUCAAUAAAUA